AGAGAAAGAAGAUCAGAGAGAGAAGAGAGAGAGAGAGAGAGAGAGAGGGGGGAGAAAUAAAGAGGUGGAGAGAGGAUGAUGAUAUUGGAAAUGUGUUCUCUCACUUGGAAAUCAUUAAAUCCUACACUACAUUCCACAAAUUUCAACAGGCCAAGUCGACUCUUUUUCCACAAGAAGAAAACCAACUUGAAUUUCCAUAGAAAUGAAGCUGGUGGCACCUCACACUCUUCGAUCACCAGAUGCACCCUCCAAAAUCCCGACGGCGAAUACGAGCCAUUGGUCGACUCUGAUUGGCGAUCCUUUCGAGCGAGGCUCGUGGCCAACGCUAAUGCGCAAAGGCUCGAUCCAAACACCAGCUCUAACCUCGACUCUGAACCCCCAUCCGUCGCACUGAGUGAUAAAUGGGUUCACCCACUUCACGAACUAGAGGCAGGUUGCUUGCUAGUCGCAACAGAGAAGCUCGACGGAGUUCACAUAUUUGAGCGCACUGUCAUCCUCCUCUUAUCAAAUACCAGGCCUGGCCCCUUCGGCGUAAUCCUCAAUCGCCCCUCUCUCAUGUCCAUCAAAGAGACGCAAUCAAAAGAUCUCGACGUGUACAAGACGUUCUCGGAUCUACCUUUAUUUUUCGGAGGGCCUUUAGAGGAGGGCUUGUUCUUGUUAGGUCUAUGUGGUGAGGAUGAACAUGUAGGAGAGAGUGGUGUGUUUGAUGAGGUGAUGAAAGGCCUGUACUAUGGGACAAAAGAGAGUGUGGGUUGUGCAGCUGAAAUGGUUAGGAGAAAGGUGGUGAAUGUGGGGGAUUUUAGGUUUUAUGAUGGUUAUUGUGGGUGGGAGAAGGAGCAGUUGAAAGAGGAGAUAAGAUCUGGUUAUUGGAGUGUAGCUGCUUGCAGUCCAAGUGUGGUUGGGUUGGCUAGCACUGGGAGUCUUAAUUUGUGGGGGGACAUUUUAGGCCUCAUGGGAGAAUGGAAGGUGUGGUGAACAAAGUUAAUUUGAGAGAAAGAAAGGUGUGGUUAUCAAAUUUGAGAGAGAGAGAUAUGUGACCUAAGGGGAAUGGUUGCCCCUAAAACAAGGGGUUUCAUCUCUCAUAUUUGGUGCCUGCUUCUUUGGCUUUGGGCAUUGGAAGCAUAUGGAGGGGCCAAACCACUUCAAUGCAUUGAUUUGGGGUCUAAGAAUGUCUUUGUAAAUUCCUAAGAAGAAAAGAAAAAAAAUGAUGUCCUUUGUAAAUGUUUCAGUUUUUGCAUUAAGACAGACAUUCUAGGC